AUGAAGGCGACGACGACCACCAAGAAGAAACUCUCGAACAACAACAGCAACAAGAACAAGACGAAGACGAAGAGUAAGACAAAGACUCGUGACGAAAUAAAGCCCGAGGAAGGAGGCGCUUCUAUUCCCGAAAAUAUUUGCUCUCUUUUUCUCACCCAAGGGACUUUGGAUAUAAUAGUGAAACAGAACGUAUUGACCGACGGAAAAGACAAAGACAAAGACGAAGAAGGAAAAGCAGACGCAGACGCAGACGAGGAGGAAAGCGAAGAGAAACCUUUUAAGUUAUUAGAGGUGAAGAAAUGCGAGGUACUCAAAGACGUUCGAUUCCGCGGCGCGAUCUCGGAUUUUUGUUGUUUGAAAGAACAGCUGAUAAAAGAGGAGAAGAAAAACGAGACGGUUUUCAACGAGGAAACGUUUGUGUUGCGAAGAAAUGAGGAGGAUAAGUACGGGGACGGGAACAAUUUCGAACUCGCAUUGACCUCAGAACUCGGCGAGAUGUGGAAGAAAGAAGCUGAGGAGGAAAAAGCCGAGGAAGAAGCGAAGGCGAAGAAGACGUAUAUGUUCGAGUACGAGCCAAAACUUUGGGUAGAUCUCGGGUCGGCGCUGGAGAUGGAGAUGGAGAAGGAGAGAGAAAAUGAAGAAAAUAGCGAUGAUGAUAACAACUCAGAUCAAGAUAUAGACGAUGACGAUAACGAGAGCGACACCUUUUUUAUUGCGCACGAUUUUGGUAUCCAAAGUACGGCAGAGUUGGAAACGAAAAGUGUUCAAGUUUCGCCACCCGCUCGAGCAGAACACUCUUCGCAAUACGAGUUCAGAACGUACAAAUCCGACGUGGUGGACUUAGAACGCGUACUAAACUCUAAAAAGCUCGAGUUAUUCUUGAAAUCGUGCGAACCUUACGUGGAAGAAUGUUUGAAGGAAAACGAAUCAUUUGACAUCCUUCAGACCGAAAUCGAAUCUUUGAUUGUCUAA